AUGAAGUCCAUUCAUCUCCUGCUCUUCUCUCUUCUCGGUUUUUUCUCCCUCAUCCCUCUCGUCUUCGUCCCCCUUGUCUCAGGCCACAACAUGGUCAAAUUCAUCAACCACUGCCCCUACAAUAUCUUCUUCUGGCAAGUAGGACCCGCAUCCACGGACCCCACAAAGCAAAUCGACGGCAGUGACAAAUAUCGUAACAUGGUCCCUGGUAACGGCGGCUCCGUCAUCCACAACAUGCGGGAUACAGAGGCGCUGGGUGGAGGAUUGAGCCUCAAGAUAAGGGAUUUGCCUUAUUAUGCGGUGGCGCCGGCGGGUAUCAUCCAGGUUGAGUAUCAUUUGGAGCAGAGCACAGGGGCUAUGUGGUACGAUCUUAGUGCUGUGGAUUGUAAUCUUAUGGUUGGGCCGGAGGAUGCGAUGUAUUGCCCGCUCAUCCAAGGCGGUAUCCGUCUUUACGUUCCCGAAAUUCCUGAUGACAAUUGUCCACCGGCGAACUGUAACGAAACAGGUUGCUUCAACGCUUAUACCAAGGAAGGCGGUUAUCCUGGUGAGCCGAGCUGGAAGUGUAGGGCUGGUGCUGAUCUCUUCCUCGAGACUUGUACGGAGAAAGCUGGCGAGAGGACGUUCUACGGAGUAGAUCCAAAGGCUCCUGUUCCAGUCCACCAAGGUAUUCCUGAACCUGUCGCUCGGCCCCCUGUUUCCCUCACAGAGCUAAAUAUCUCGCCCAAUGGUAAAUGCGGUCCUGAUGUUGGCUUCACCUGCAGCGGCUCCCAACAUGGCGUCUGCUGCAGCGAAUACGGUUACUGCGGUAACAGACCCGAAUACUGCAGCGCGGGAUGUCAACCCAUCUUCGGUUACUGCCUCGGAGAAAACGAGGCUCACCCCCAAGUUGCGGCUCCUGCGCCUUUGGUCCUCACCACUGUCACUGCUACGAGCGUCCUCACACAGACUACUACCGCGACGAAGACCGAGACGGUCACACGCGCCGUCCGAGUGGUGACUGUGACUGUUCUGAAGACUGUUGGUACGACUGCUGUGUUUACGCCUCCUCCUGUGUCGAUUACAUCAGCUGUGUCUACACGGUACUACGGCAAGAUGUUUACGGGGUAUCCGAGGAUGUAUGCAGCGGCGUACGUGGAUAUGUAA